CUACACUCUCGGAUAAUGCUGAAGAGGCCAGUGAUGUCCAGGUCGUCUACGGAACUGUCUACUGAAGAUAAUAUCCCUACUCAAAUACUGAUACAAGUGCUUGCGGCAUGCAUUCGUCAGGCUCGAGCAAACGAAAGCUUCGCGACGUUUAGUCGGGAGCAACAGAAUCGAAUUUUGCAGCACGUGUGGUUCGAAUGUUUCAUCUUACGAGUUGCCAACUGGUCCAUCGAUAUAUCCUCCAUCGUGGAAAGAUGUGCCGAUGAACAACUACGGUCCAUUGUGCAGCAUACAAAAGCACUCCGAGUGGACCUAAUCGAACUUUCUCUGCUGGAAACAAUCAUACUUUGUCGAAAAGAAUACGCCUUGAGUGCUAAAGAAGUUCAACAACUGGAAAGCACAUCCGAGACGGCGCUGAUCGCCUUAGGCCACUACAGCAUGCAACAGAUGAGCAUCGUUGGCCCUCCACCUCUUCCUUCGGCAAUGGUAUCAUCGUCGCUGGGCUAUCCGACCAGAGAAAUCAUCGCUUCAGCAAGCACCACCGACCGGCCACUGUCCCCAAUGCCAACACCGCUAGCAGUGUCCAGCAUCAGGGGGAUUGGUUGUACUUUGCCUUCGCCGUCAUCGUUGCUACCCUUCUCGUGCUACCGGCUGGGCAGACUACUGUUGGGGUUAAGAGGUUUAUCUAUGCACUGCUACGAGUCCUCGGUACGUGCCAUGUUUCACGAGUUCACAGGCGAAGGGCUAAUGGAGCACUUUAUUAUUAAAUUAUAGGCGAAAUGCCGUCACACACACGGUGCUGCGAGUCUUGCGAAA